CCUGCGCUACUCGGCGGGCCGCCGGUGGUCUUCUGUUAGACGCGAAGGAUUUUGUCGUUUUAAACUCGUUUUUGCUUCAUAUUACUGAGUAAAUCGCCACCAUGGGCAAGAAGGAAGAGGAAGAAGUGAUUAGGAUUGCAAAGAAGCUCGACAAACUGGCACAGAAGAAAAACGGGGCUGGGGCUUUGGACCUUCUCAAGGAACUGAAAAACAUCCCUAUGACUUUGGAGUUGCUUCAGUCGACCAGGAUCGGGAUGUCUGUAAACGCUAUCCGCAAGCAGAGCACAGACGAAGAGGUGACCUCACUGGCUAAAUCUCUUAUCAAGUCCUGGAAAAAGCUUCUGGAUGAGCCCGCUGGUGGAGACAAAUCAUCUGAAGAGAAAAAGAAGGAGCCUGCAACACCGGUCACGUCCCAGUCGCAAGGAAGCCCUGAGCCGAGAGAGGAAAGCUCCAGCAGUAACUCAAGCAGUAAAAGUGAGACUGUCGAUAUGAUAUCCACCACCCAAAUGUCCCCAUUUCCUCGAGCACCAGGAACGUCCGACUCGGUGCGCCUUAAGUGCAGGGAAAUGCUGUCUGCCGCCCUGCAGACGGGAGACGACCACAUCACCAUCGGGGCUGACUGCGAUGAACUCGGAGCACAGAUUGAGGAAUGCAUUUUCCUGGAGUUCAAAAACACUGACAUGAAGUAUAAGAACCGUGUCCGAAGCCGAAUCUCGAACCUUAAAGAUAUGAAAAACCCCAACUUGAGGAGGAACGUCCUUUGUGGCAACGUGGCUCCCGAUCGUAUCGCCAAAAUGACUGCAGAGGAAAUGGCCAGUGACGAACUAAAGGAGAUACGCAAGAAUAUGACCAAAGAAGCUAUCAGGGACCACCAGAUGGCCAAGACUGGAGGCACAACGACUGACCUGUUCACCUGCGGAAGAUGCAAAAAGAAUAAAUGCACCUACACACAGGUUCAGACUAGAAGUGCUGACGAGCCCAUGACCACAUUUGUCUUCUGCAAUGAAUGCGGCAAUAGAUGGAAGUUCUGCUGAAGACCGAGCGGGCAUCAUCAAGUGCUGAAAGUGGCUAAAUUCCCGGACCAUCACUUACUACUAUCUGUUGAUAGGAACUUUUAGUUGUUGUUUUUAUCACGGCGUUGUGUGUACCACGGCGGCUAUCGACACCAUACAUUUUUUUUUUUUUAGCUUUGUUUUGGUACAAAUCAAAACAAUGUCCUGUGUUUUAACUUGACGUCUAGCUAGGCUCAUUCUCUGGAGUAUGAUUAGUGUCGUUUUUAUUUGUUUUUCCUUUAUCAUCAGGUUUUUAUAUGUAGUUUAAUGGCUGUCUUUUUUGACAACAUUCACAUACGUUUUACCAUGCCCUAAUGAAAUAACCAGGAGUUAGGCCAUCUAAUUUUCUUAGUUUAUUAUAUUCAAUAAAUUCGAAAACUGUUACGGUUUUUUAAUUGUAAUAGUUUUUUUAUUUUAUUUUUUUUUUUUUACAAGCUAGAAAUGAAAAUAAGCUUGACAUAAGGAUACUGAUCCCACUUUUAUUCAUAUUUAUAUGCAUGAUUGGCAAAUUUCUACUGUUUACAUUUUUUCUUUUCUUUUCAGGAGUAAAACAUUUUUCCAAGA